GAUUGUAUAUUAUGAUAAAAGUUUAAAGAAACGUAAUGUUAAAAAAUUGUUUUUAAUAACAUUAAUAAAUAUUAAAUAAUAAUUAAUAAUCAUAACAACACAAUCUUGACUACCGAAUUCUUAAAACGAUUUAACUUGAACAGGUCCAUCGUCCAUCUGUGUAACAAUUUCCUACACCAUGUCUGAAUACGAGUGUUUCGGUGGAGGACGUUUGAAAUUGAAAAAUGAUUCAGGAAUAAAAAAAAAAAAGAAGAAAAAUAAAAAUAAAGAAAAAGCAAUAGAAAAAGUUAAUAAAGGAUUAGAACAGGAAAAAGUAUCCAAAGAAUACCAUGUGCCUUCUACUAAGGCUGAACUAGCUUUCAUGAAACAACAGGAAAAAUUGCAAAAAGAAAAAAUUUUGAAAAUUGCAUCAACAACGCAUAAACAAAGAGUUGAAGAAUUUAAUCGUCACUUAGAUAAUCUAACUGAACAUUUUGACAUACCUAAAGUUAGUUGGACGAAGUAGAGUUAAUAUUCACUAUUAUAUACUUAUUUUUGUACAUUGUAAACAUUUAAAUAAUGUUGUUUUUUUUUUUUUUUAAGCUAUG